AUGACGAAUAGAACAGAAGAAGUUUUACAAAUUUAUGGUUCAGCCAUUGAGAAAAACCUGUAAAAUUUAGAUUAUUAUUAGAACUAUGUUAUGAAUUAUGUGUCAUUUUCAAGCUAAUACUUUAUAUGAAUAGAAAAGAUUUGAAGAAGCAUUAAUAAAUUAUGAUUUAGCAAUUUAGAAAAAUCCAGAAAAUUCAAAUAAUUUUAAUUGCAAAGGUAUAUAAUUCAAUAUUUGUUUAGCUAAGACUCUAGAUGAAAUGAAUAGAUUUGAAGAAGCAUUUAAAAAUUAUGAUUAACCAAUAUAAAAAAAUCCAGGAUAUUCUUACUAUUACUACAAAAAAGGUAGAGUUAAAUACAUUAUAAAUCUCAAGCUAUUACUUNUAUUCAAAGUCUAUACUAUAAAGGAUGCAAAAUUCGCAAAUCUUAAUAAUUUUCUAGAUUUUGCAAUCAUAUGCUCUUACAUUAAUAAUAUUUAAAAAAUAAUUUUAAUUAAAUUGUUGAAAUUUAGUGCCUAAACCAUAGAGCUAUUUUGA